CCUUAGAGCAGGGUCCCUGAUAUCAUACAGCUGCAGAGAUGGAUAACCAGAGAGUAACUUAUGCAGAACUGAAUGUGGCCAAGUACCCAAAGAGGCAACAAAUAAAACCUAAGGGCCCUAAAAGCUCCAUUUCAAUAGCUGAGCAGGAAAUAACCUAUGCAGAAUUAAACCUGCAAAAUGCUUCUCAGUAUCUCCAAGGGAAUGACAAGAACUACCACUGUGAAGAUGUGCCAUCAUCUCCAGAGAAGGUCAUUGCUGGGACUCUGGGAAUUGUCUGCCUUGUCUUGAUGUCCACUCUAUUAACAAUGAUUGCUGUUACUUCCUCUACUACUGAUAUCCCGGAGCGGAACAGUUCAGCCCUGAAAACAAGGAUCCAGACAGCAUCUCAUUGUGGUCGUUGCCCAAAGGAGUGGUUAAUAUAUUCGAGUAAUUGCUAUUACAUUAGUAUUGAAAGAAAAACAUGGGAGGAGAGUUUGAUGGCCUGUGCUUCUAAGAAAUCUCACUUGCUUUAUAUAGAUAAUGAAGAAGAAAUGAAAUUAAUGAAUUCCUUAUCACUUAUAUCGUGGAUUGGAGUCUUUCGUAAAAGCAGUGAUCAUCCGUGGAUGUCAAUAAAUGGCUCAACUUCCAAACUAAAAAUAAAAGAAUCAUCAUCUGGGAGACAUAAAUGUGCUUUGUUACACUCACGUGGCCCUCAAUCAGAUAUCUGUGCAUCUCCAAAUGCAUAUAUUUGCAAGCAGAAGCUUCAGGAUUAAAACAUCUGAUUUUGGAUCCCGUUAGGCAACCUUCUAUUUCAUGAAAUGGAAAUAACCUCAUGUUUGUAUAACUCUUAAAAUGAACUGUAGUACUUGUUCUAAUAAUGAACAGUUUUUGAAAAGAAUUUAUUGAAAUACCAUAUACACACCAAAAAUACAGAUGUCAUUGCUUUUCUGUCUGGCUUAUUUUUUACUCAGUAUUUUAUCUGUGGAAUUCAAGUUCUUUCAAAGAAUGCAUGUUGUGUGAGUCCAUUUAUAUGAAGUAAGAAGCACAGGCUCAUUACAGAGACAGAAGGUGGACAGUAGCUGCCACAGUCUGAGGGGAGGUGGGAAGAGGCCAUGACGACUGAUGGGUGUUCCUUUGGGGUGAUGAAACUCUUAGAUUAUGAUAGGAGUGAUGGGUCGACUCUAUGAAUAUACUAAAAUCUACUGAUUUGUACAACUUAAGUGCGUGCAUUUUAUGCUGUCUAAAUUCCACCUCAAUAAAGCUAAAAAAGAAAAA